AUGCUCGGUGGGCUUCUAUCUACCAAACAAACAGUAAAUGAGUGGGGUGAUGUGAUAGAAAAUGUAAUGAAAUGUAUAGCUAAAGGAGAAAAGCACAAUGAAUCGAAAUACAAUGAUGGUUCAUGGGUGUUGGGUUUGAGUUACGACGACCUUCCAUUUUACUUAAAGCCUUGUUUUCUAUGCUUGGCUUGUUACCCUGAAAACGCCAUCAUACAAGUAAAAGAAUUAUGUCGCAUGUUGGCUGUAGAAGGUUUUAUACCACCAAGUGAAAUGAGUUCAACAAAAGCUAUUGAAGAUGUGGCAUAUGAUUGCUUAAAUGAAUUUGUGGAGAGGAGCAUGAUUCAGGUAGAAAAUUGGAGUUCAACAAGAAGAAUGAAAACAUUUCGCAGUCAUGAUCUCAUGCGAAAAUUUUGCUUGUCUAAAGCUCAAGAUGACGACUUUAUACAGUCUAUUGAUUUGAGGGGGAAUAAGGUGGAAGAGGCACUACAAUCCGUAUCUGACAUCGUAAGGAGAAUUGAUGUUUACAUUGUUAAUUAUGAUAUUAAUCUUAUCGAUUUUUUUCUAAAGACAAAUAAGUCUCUUAGGUGUCUUAUUGUAGAUACGAGAGACAAGUUUUCUAUUGAAUCAAUGCUUAGAUUGGUGUCCAAUAGGUAUCUCAUGCUUAGAGUUUUAAAUGUAAGUUUAUACAAGGGUGCCGGUGUGAGUGCGUUGCCUAAAGAAAUUGGUAAGCUUAUUCACCUAAGAUGGUUUAAAAUUAGUGGUGGCUAUUUGGAAACGAUCCCAUCUUCUAUUGGCGAUUUGAGAUGGCUGCAGACUUUCAAGUUAGAUGGUGAAACGCACUCAGAGUGGAAAAUUCCAAAGGUAUUGUGGAAGUGGGAAAAACUGAGGCAUUUAUGCUUGCCCAAUCCUUAUGGCCUAGCAUCUAGUAAAUGGUUGAGGUAUAGUAAAUGGUUGAGGUUACCUAAUCCUCAAAAUUUACAAACAUUGGAAGGUGUUCGAACCAAGUACCUCGCUAUGGAUGAUUUUCUGCUAUUGAAAAAUCUCAAGAAAUUAAAGAUUUAUGUGGAUAAAGAUUUGGGAAGAAUCUACCACAAUCCCGAAAAUAACAAGUUCACUUGUCUUGAAAGUUUACAAGUGGUUAGUGUUAACCGAGAUUUUCGGCAACUCUAUUAA